GAGGGCAGCCCGCGGCCCCGCCCCGCCACGUCUCUCCCUGGCGCCGCUCCCCGUUCUGCUCCCGGUGCCGCUCCUGGUCCCGCCCCGCUCCGCCCCGCCGGGCCAUGGCGUUCACGCUCUACUCGCUGCUGCAGGCCUCGCUCCUCAUCGUCAACGCCGUGGCCGUGCUGCACGAGGAGCGCUUCCUCCGCCACGUUGGCUGGGGAAGCGAUCAAGGGAUCGGAGGAUUUGGAGAGGAACCAGGAAUUAAAGCACAGCUGACAAACCUUAUUCGAUCGAUACGAACUGUUAUGAGAGUGCCAUUAAUAGCCCUGAACUCCAUCACAAUCAUUCUCCUCCUGUUGUUUGGUUGAAGACACCCGGUAAAAAUCCUUUGGACAUCCAAAGAAGCCAGUUCCUGACCACCACUGCUCUGAGUUUCCUGGGAUCCAGCACAGUUUAGCUGUCAAUCUGACAUUCAACUUAAAAUAAUAAAAGACACUGUUUCUAUUUAUCCCAUUUCCUAAUGUUCCCUUGCAGUUUCAUUAAGCAGGAUCACAGGAUCAAUGCAACAAUGCUGCAAACACAUUGGACUGUGACCAGUUCUGUUGCUGCCUGUUCAUAGUGUUGAUUAAUUAUUAGAGUAAAUGUCAUAGGAUGUUGCAGUGACUGGCAAUGGGAUGCAGCUUUUAAAUGUCUCGUUACUCAGGGAUGAAUUUCCUUCAGUACACUCUCCAAUUUGUUUUUAAAUUGAGGAAACAACAAUGUGUUUGUUUUCAUUUCAGAACUGUUUAAGAGAAUAUGAAUUAGGCUCUGAAAACCUGUUAUAAAGAAUACUUGUUAUAAAGGAUUGAAGUCCAGCUGUGAUAUCAAGGGAGAUAAAACCAGCUGGGUAAAGUCCUGAUUCAGGUUAGCAUUGAAAGCUGAAUUUUCCUGCUUUGAUUGGGGAUUUUUGUCUUCAAAUCAGUAUUUCAUACUGAUGGCAAAGUCAGUUGAAAAUGGGUGCAAUUGCAGUGCAAAAUUUAAAAAAAACGAAUUUAAAAAAAAAAGCUGUACCAGAAGCUGGGCAACUCUGUGUUAACUUUGGGGAUAUUAGUGACUAGCAUUUGUUACUCUUCUGUCAAGGAUUGUUAUUACACUUUUUAAAAUAUGUAUUAAACUUCUGCGUGGUGAUUACUGUGGUCGAAGUGGGGAUCCAUUUGUAUUCUGAGCUUCCCGGGAAACGUGGGAGGGGAAUACCAUGGGAGGUGAAUACCAUGCGCUUUUCAAAUGCACUUCUUUGUAAAAAACCCGUGGAUUUGCAGCCUCUUUCUGUCACUGCUCCUUCCCCUGCCCUCCUCCUCCUCAUCACUUGUUAAAUUAACAACUUUGAAAGUGAAACUGUCUGUUCUGCUGAAACUUUGCAGUUCUGCUGCAAAGAAUGUUCCUAAUGGCUUUGGUAGCCGUCUCGUCUCAAUUAAGACUGCUGAGCUAGGUCUGAAUUGGAAAAGGUGAUUCUCAUGUAUCUUUUUAGAAAAGUUAGAAUUCUUUGUCUGUUCCUCUGCUAGAGUGUUCUACCCUAAUUUUAAAGGGGGGAGGCCAAGGGAAAGCUGGCAGUUUCAUUAAUUUAAAGCAGCUUAGUUGAUCAUCUCUUCUCCUGAUGUCUUGAUGACUAAAGCAUACGCUGUUGGAUAUGAAUAAGAAUCUGUAAAACAAGUAAAUGCAUUUAAUGAUCUUCAAUCACAUUUUUUCACAGAGUAAAGUGUAUCCAGGAGAGAGUUUUAUGUUGUUUCCUUUUUUCUUAGUGAUUUUUGCAAAUAAAUCCUGAAUUUCCAAGUUUA